GUUCACAGCGAGCAUGCAGCGGUUCUGGAAAGGCGAACUCUCCUGCGGGUCGUCUGUUUGAAGACCCCGUCAAAUUUCCGUCGAAAAACGCCUUUUUCCUUUCCACGUUGGCAUAUCAACUUUCCGUUUCGCCUCCAAGGGGGCCUGCCCACCUCCCGGUCUCUCUCGUGUGUGUAUGAGACGCGGGUUCGCGUGUCUCCUUUUGCACUUUUCGUCUUUCCCGUUGCUUUCUCGAAUUUCGCCGCCGGUCAACCUGCGCGGACUUUGCUGCUUUGGUCUCGCCUUUCGUGUGUUUUCCUCUGGUUGUUCUUUUCCAAUGUGUCUGUAGCCUGCAACGGCGUUCUCGAAGCCUGACGAGGUCAUGGCAGAGCAGCUCGACAGAGCGAAGAGCACAGAAGAUCUUAGGUGAACCGUUUCCCCCCUUUCCCCCUCCCCCGCCCUCCACUCUUUACUUGGACAUGCUGUUUCGCCUCCACACUCAUCGCUUCGCCUGCGUUGUGGUACUGUGCUUUUCUCUGCUCGUCAAGACAGGAUGACCAGCUGCUUCCUCACCAGUGGCCGCCACGAGGAGCAGCGUUUCCGGGGCUCCAGUCGUUCCCUGAGUUCUCCGCCACUCCACUUAUCGGGGGGAAGAGCUUCCAGACUUCAGAAGCAUAGUGUUUCAGCUCUGGCUUGCUGCUGAAAAUGCCCUUUUUUCCGUUGAGUCUUCUCGGCCUUUGCACACCAUUCAAGGUCUGUCUCUCCAUCGCAGGUGCGGCCUACUGCCCCGCUCUCAAACUGUGUAGGGGCCAGGUGACCUCUGGUACUACGACUGUCCAUCGAAUGACAAAAGCGAAGUAUGUUUGACAAAGAAGCAAGAUGCUUGGCCAGAAAGGUGGCGCGGGGUGAAUCUCGAGUCGACAACGGGACCUGAUUCAGAGCAGGAGACGGCGGAGACACACUGGCCCACACUCGAGAAAUCGUGGAAGCGCAGCCUUCACCUCCCCUUGGCCUAGAAGGUCGAAGUUCGAUCGACUCUUCAAUUUUUUCCUCUUCCUUGACUCCGUCCGACACCCGUCUGCGUUCCCUGUCAAGUUGUGGCGCUGGUGACGGUUGGGUUCAAGUAUCGGUUCCUCGAGCCUUGCGUCUCUCAUCGCUCGGAUCGUCAUCUGUGUCCAAUGUUGCAUGUUUGCCCCUCUAUCGUUUCCAUGAAGCCUGGAAUGCAGGAGGGUGCGUGCAGCGACCGCCUCUUUAAGAGACUCUCUGCGAGUCGCCUGCAUUUCGUUUGUCGUGACGGUCUUCUCUCUGCUUUCUCGUUGCUGCCCGUCGCGUCGCCUGCAGAUUGCGUGACUGCGUUUCUCGUCUGUCCGCGAUUCGAAGGUCUCCAUCCUGUCUGUCAUGUGUCUGCUUCUCUCUGAGGGUUCCACUCUCUCUCUCUCACUUUUUUUCGGAAUGACCUCCCUGUUGUCGUCACCACUUCUUUCGCCUUUUUGUGCGUCCCCGCUUCGGCUGUGCUUUAGCCCACCUCGUUUGCAGAACAUCUCGUCCGCUGCCGAUUCUCUCCGCGAUUCCCGAGUCCUCUCUCUGAAGCGCUCCCAGCUGCGGUCAACACUCUCCUCUCCUUGCUUCUCGCUUGUCUCGACAGACACCCCUCGACGCCCUACACGCCGACAUGGCAGGACGCUGGUGUGUGGAAUGGGCGCCUCGCCUGCCGCGCCUGGUGCCUGCGCGCCUGGUGCCGACGCCGCUGUUUCUGGUGGCGGCGUCGGCGGGGCUCUGUCUUCUCUGGUUUGCGGUUACCCUGUCUUGGCAAACUUUCUCCGCUCUUCAUUGGGCGCCCUCGAGCCUCGUUUCUUUGUCUGAAGACUCACGCGGAAGUUCGGAGCUGGAAGCCAGCAUGCUUUACACCCCCGCAGACCUCGCCGGUUUGCGACCCCAGAGAGAGACUCAGGAGAAGUGGAGGGUCGUCAACGAACGUCUCCCGCCCCGCUAUCCUUCUCUGGAGACGCGUGCGUCGCGUUCUUCUGCCUCGUCGCUUCCUUCCUCCGCUCGUGGAGUCCCCGCUUCCGACCGCGCGCGAAGCAGUCACGUGAGCACGGAGGACUUUGGAGAAAUCCUACCGGGAAGCCUCUCUGGAGCCUCCAGGGAUCCUGAGGACCGGCGCGUGUCUUUCGUCAGGCUGACAGAGAAGGAGAGAUUUCUUUCUCUCGCAGACUUCCCAGAUAUGGCCCACCUCGCUCUACAAGGGGUCGCCAGCGCCGACGCCACUUUCAACUCGCCUCUCGAAGACCUUUCCUUGCCUUCUUCUGCUUCUCGUGAGCCCACCUUUUCGUCUGGAUCUGCUUCGCCACCCGUUGCUCCCCUGUCGGUUGCGUCCCCGGCGUCUCUGGGGACUCCAAUGUCUCCACAGGAGUUAUCGGAGGAGCCUGUGCCGGGCGUGGACUUCCCUGCGACCCGCGUCUUCUUUCUCUUCGUUCCGCAAGAGCACGACAGCGGAGGCGCGGCUGAGGAGCAGAUCGUACAGGCAUUUGGGUUCGUCGAGUCCUGGCGCUUUGUCUUCGGGGUCGGCGAGAAACCGGAGAGAGAGCCUCGCCUCGCGACCAGCAGACUCGGGCCAUCCAGAGGAGUCUGGGGAAGCGGCGACGUCGCUGGCGCGGGGAAACUCGGCCGCAUCUGGCGCCCGCCGCUCCGGCGCUGGCGCGCGAGGAAGCACCCGCCUGCGCCUCGUGUGUCUGUCCACCCCAGCAGCGCGGCCUGGGGCACCGACGCCGCAGAUUCCGACACAAGGAACAGCCGGAGGCACGUCGAGGAGAGCAACCACGAGAAGAGUGGAGAGGAAAAGAAAAGGAAAGAGGAGGGGGAAGUGAAUACACUCGAGAAGAAGGCGGAGCACAAGAGGGAGAAGGCGAAUGGGGAGGCGAAGAGCAAAGAGAAGCAGACUGUGACAACGGCGCGGAAGGAGAGCAGCCACCAGAGUGGCAGUCGCGAGAUCCGAGACGGCGUCGGCCCGUCUCUUGAAGGGAAGGAAGGAGACUGGGUUUCGUCUGCCGCCGGACGCUCUGCAUCUUCUCAGCAGCAGGCGGAGACGUCGGAGAGUGACGGGAAGGCGACAUGGUGGGGAGGUCACGCAGACGGCGAAGGCGGCGCUCGACGCUUAGAAGGGGAGGGCGACUCGAGGACGCUCCACACGCAUGACCACCGUGUCGUUGAGACUCCAGUGGUCAACGAUAUCCUCUUUGUGACGGAAAUGAAGAUGCAGGGGGCAAAUGUUCCUUGGAUCUGCGACGAACUCUCCUCGUUCUCGUCUCUGGAUGCUUUUCGCGAAGACCUCAUUAAGCGCAUCCGCCUCGGACUCGCCCAGAGGAAGCGAGCCAACGGAGACUCCAGGGCGCAGAAACCUGCACGGGGGGUUGACUCUCGACCUUCCUCGGAAGCAAGUCAUAGCGGGGAUUCGAGCGACGAGGACUUCUACGUCAAUGAGUUUAAGGAAAACUCGCUGAACCAAGACUCUUCUUCUUCCUCUUCUUCUUUCUUUUCUUCUGUCGAGGGGAAGUCCGGAGAGUCUGUGAACCGCUGCAUCGUGGUUCGCGUGACCAUCGACGCGACGCAGAGAAGCGAGAUAUGGCAGCUUCACCCGGCGAUGCACUCCGUGAGUGCGGCGACGCAUCCGCUGGUCGCAUGGCUGUUGCAACAGUACGACUUGGCCAUGCGGUCCGACAACGAUACCUUCCUCACCCCUGCGCUGCUGCGCCGAGAAAAUACGCCAUGGCUCUCGCGCGUCGCCCGCUCUGUGCAGCCUCUGCGGAAGGAAGCAACGCCCGCAAACAGGCGACGCAGACGCGAAAAGGGACAACUGAAGAGAGAUCGGAACGCGCAGAUGGAGGAGACGGAGAAGGCGGGAGAGAAGAAGGACAAAGAGGAGGAGAGGCAGCAGCAGAAUACAGCUGAUGGAGAAGAGAAGGAGGGGAAAAGGGUGGGGCACAGUGUGAGGGAGAACGCUCACAGGAGGAGACAGGUUAUGACGGAGACUGAGAAGUCUGUCGAGAUCGAAGAAGGCGGAGUGGGGUCAAUGCUCUCCGUCUCAGGAUCGCGUGAAGAGGGCGCUGUGGAUUUCAGAGACGCGGUGCGACUAGGGCAGAACGCAGACGAUGGAGACACCGCCUCGAUGGAAGAGACAGAGACCGGAGAGGUCAAAUUUGCUUUUUUCACCGGACGGGGUGGCUAUUUCAAUCAGAAAAAUCGGAAGAUCCUUCCAGAAUAUGCGUCCUUGCUCGGUCUUCGCUUCCAAAAUCUCGGCCUUGUUGGCAGCACCUGGUAUGGACGACCUGCUGACAUCGUGGCGGCUGCUCGUUAUACUGUCAAGAUCGGGGAAUUUCUUAUGAAGGUGGAUCCCGUCUUUCAGCGCGGAGCCGGAGAGUGGCCUGCUUGGUAUCGAGGUGUUCUUCUCCUCUACUCCGCAGAGCUUGCAGUCAACCACCUUGUCGACAGAGAGGACGUUUUCAUCAGAAGCGAUCUUCUCGAUACCGAGUCGACUGCCGGCGUCGACUGGCGGACAUCGCCUGCGCUGCAUGUCCACUGCUGGCACACGCAGCAGUUUUUCAGCAAGUUUGCGUUCUUCAGCGGAGAAUAUCCGCUUUACUGGUUCCAGUCUCCGGAGUUCGAUUUCUUCGACAUACGAUGGUACAGCUACACAAAUGCACUGAAUGGACGCGAACGCCGGCGCCUCCAAAUCGAGAGCUUGAAAGCAGUUCGCGAGUCGCUCCUGAGGGAAGUGACCGCGGGAGAGUCUGGCGACGGGCGCGCCGCCUCUUCGUCCGGAGUCAGCGAAGACGCAAUGUUCUCGGCAGCGCCUUCGCCCCCCUUAUCCUCAAAGCUUACGGCUUCUCUCUCUCUUCCUUGGUCUUCUUUCUCGUUAUUUGCGCUUCCGCGCGUCGCGAGGUCUCCUCACGCGCGGCGUGGCGAGCCAGCAGCUCGUGCAGCGAGCUUCCGGACGGCGCCACUCUCCUUCGAGCUCGCGCGCCUCGCUUUUCCUUUCCAAGCCUGCCCAUUUGAGAGUCCUUUCCCUGUUCAUGAGGGAGGGAGCACACGCUGUUGCCCCCGUCCAUGCGCGAAAAGCAAGAAAAGCAAAGACGACGCUUGCUGUGGUCGAUCAAGCUCUGGCUAUAGAUGCCCUGCGCCACCCUGUCUGCAUCCCUCGGAGUUUCUCUGGCUGCUCGACAGCAUCGCCGCUCUUUCUGAAGACGAAGUGCUAGCGCCCGUUUCUGAGGCUGAACGGGCGAAGCCAGGAGAGACGGAAGGAGUCGACGCGACGGGAGGAGAUCGCCUGAGGCUUCAGCAAACGCAUGCAGGACUUCUCAGAGGCUCAGACGCAUCCCCGGCAGCUUGUCCCGCCUUCUUCCCGUUCCCCUUUGAAGGAGGAAGGCAAUGUUGUGCGACAAACAAGGACUGCGACGGGAACCCUCUGGGGCUUGAGUCUCGCUGUUGCUGGCAUGGCGACUCUAGGCGGUGCUGGCCCACGGGCGCAACCACCUGCGUGGCGCAUCCCGGUGUCCAGAUGCUCUCUCUCGAGCAUGGUCUGACAAACAGCGUAGGCUCCGCCAGCGUCUUGUCUCCUGCGAGGAGGAGCGCGCCAGGUGACCGGGAGUUGAUGGCGCGGGUGCAUGCAUCCACAGUGCCGGAACUGGCAAAGUUCUUGGGGGGAUUAGGUCCAGCAGAUCGGGGCGGUGCUUUGUAUGCUGUUGAGGAGCAAGGGACGAGUCUAGAAGCGCUGCGUCAGUUUAGAUUCACGUUGCAGAAGGAGGCCUUUCUUUAGAAACGGAGAGGCGGCCACGAAGAGGCACAGCCUGCAGUCCCCAGAACGGAAUCCUCUCUCAGACCUAAACGCCCGCUGAGAGGCCGAGAAAAACGUACGGCCCAUACAGACAGUGCCGUGAAUGCCGGACCGUGUCCGCGAUAGCCAACGUUUAUUCGAGUCUUCGAUAUGAAACACGUUUUUUUUUCUGCCAGUAUAGAUGUCGAAGAUCGCCUGGCAGACUGUCAGGAUUGUGUUGCCGUACCUCUGGUGACACUGUUUAUCAGCCAGAGGUGUUUCUAAGCGUUGUCAGUUUCGUGAUUUUGAGGAAGUGGGCGCUGUUGGAAAUCGAUAGCCGAUCGAAUGUCUUAACUGAAAAGGGACGAGUUGCUAGUGGAGGAACGUUUACAAAUCCAUGCCUUUUCAUCGCAUGGCAAUAUGCACUCUACCGCGGGUCCAUCUGCAAUUGGGUUUGCCUGAGCCGGGAUGCCUCGCGACUUAUGAGGUGUUUGCCAAAAUGGAAACGAAAUUGCUUUUUAGGGAUACCUUAGUCAAAACAAACGCUCCUCUCCGAACAUAUCCAUUCCAACUUUUCCCUGCUUCUCCCACCUGCCAGGUUCUAGUGUGCAGUGGGACGCUUUUUCGUAUCGUUUUAUGCUUCCGCUCUUCCACAGCCGUCGGUUGCUUUCCGAAGCACACUGGAGAAUGUCUUUUGAGUGCCCUGACUCACGACAGCCUGCUCUUGGUGACCCCGACCAGACUGGAAGGGAAGGGAACUACGAUAAAGGUCACAGUCGAACCCUUGCCCCUCGUGAAGCACUUCAUCAGCGCUGCAUGCGUGUAAAUAGCAGCUCUUUGUUUACGCUACUCCUCCGCUAUGCGUUCUUGUAAACCCCGCCGAACGAUGCAAAUACGCUGAGGGUUCACGAGUCAGUCCACGUUAUGAUGGCACGCCGUGGGCAGGUUUCCGAGGCCAUGAUAAAAAGCAACUGCGUUUCCGCAUGUAUGUGGCAGGAGUGAGUUUGGACGGAAGAGCGCCACCUGUGGACACAGGUCGUGGCACAGUCAAGUUUUGCUGAGAAAUACCGAAUUGACAAUGUCUGUCGUGGUUUUUAGGUUGUGUACACUCUCCCACGUACCUCGCACAUGGCGUGUGCGGUGACAGUUGUCGAGUUCCUACAGGUAGAAACUGCCUGGCGAUCUGUGAAACUAACAGGUACCCGAGAGCGAUCCGACAGGGUCUCUUGGUUGGUCAUCGCCUUAGCAGUGAACGCGUAUCAACGAAAGACAAUAUAAAAGAACGGGUCACGUAAAGUGUCGAGUGGAGAGUCAAAGCGUAAGCCCUUUUCCCGC